AGCCGUUUGUGGCUCAAGUUCCAGCGCUGGCCAUGGCCCUGCGCUACCGCUUCACCUUCAUUGAUGACGCGCCCGUUCCGGCAGUGCCCCGUUUCCACAGCUGCCCCGUUCGCCAAAGGGACCCGGACCUAGAGGAGCAAGCACUCAGCUGGCAGGUGGCUUGCCUCCCAGACCGGGCACGGCGCAUGCGCGAGCCGCCCGCGCCACCUGCCCCCAACGCGGGCAGCGUGGGUCACCCAGAGGUGUGUCGGCGCCCUUGCGUCCACUUGGCCAGGGGCGCCUGUCGCCUGGGCAGCGCCUGUGGCUACUGCCACCUGCCGCACUUCCGCAAAGAGAACCUCGACAAGAUGAAUCGCCAGGUGGUGCAGGCCAUGUGCGAGGCCCAGUUGCUGGCCGCGAUCCUGCCUCAUCUCCGCAGGCUGACUGAUGGGACCGAGUUUCACCAGACCAAGUCUCUGGUCGAAGUGGUUGAGCGCGAGCUUGCACUGCGACGCCCUUGCAGGGCAUCAUCGGUUGAGGACUUGAAGAGGCUGGAGAAGACACUAUUGCGCAUGAGCGUCUCUGGCCUCAUUGGGUUGAUGACCUCAAGGCGCUGGAAAGGGCCACUGCCGCAAGUCUUGCAGGAGGCUAUGAGCUCCCUGCGGAAAGAGUUGGCCCUGGCCUACUGUUCUCCAGUGCGGUGACGGGGAAGUGUGCAGGGAUCCGACACGCCGACGUGCCGACUCCGUUGGGUUUCAAAUCAUGGUGAAGUUUACGCUGUUGAUGUUUAGAGAUGCCACCCGUGACUGAUGUGGGCCCCCAUGCGGCGCCGGCAGCCAUGCAGAGCUAAAGCUGGGCUUGAUCCAUCGUAAACAUUGAGCCACGGCCACGGCUCAGUGACAUGGCAUGUAGCCAAGCAGAACAUCUGAACAUCUCUUGUGACGGCCGCAGCGGCAAGGAAUGCUGCUUUGUGAAUGACUCUUGGAUUCAAUUUCGCCUCGGACUUUCAGAUGUGCAAUCCAGAUCGGCGCAUGCCCAGAUAUCCGCCUGAAUCUAGAGCCUUUUGCAUACAUCCGCUCGCCGCGGAGUCACUUCUUGAGGCCGAGCCCCAGGUCUCUGGGCAGAGCUGGCAAGCCUUGGCCGACUUGCUCUUGCUUUCACCUGAUGUGCUCAUGCUUGCACGGAUUGCACAACUGGGUUCAGGCGGCGAAUUCGUUUGAGACUAGUUUCUGCAUGUCCGCUACGGGUUGCGCCAUGUCUUGACAGUAGCUCCUCUGCUGUCUGCGUUGGGGUUAUCGCGCUG